GGGCGGGGCGGGGCGGCGGCUAUUUCAGGCGGCGCCGGGCUCGGGCCGGGACAGCGGGGAGCCGGGCGCGGACACAGCCUGAACAGGGUGAUAUUGAAGAUGAUGACCUUCUUCCAGGGUGUCCAGGGCAACCAACCCAUGCCAGGGGCUCUCGACUUCUCCCAGAGCCCCCAGAAGCCGCUCUCCACCUCGGAGACCGAGUCUGAGGCCUCCAUGUCCGAGGCCUCCUCUGAGGACCUGGGGCCACCCUCGGAGGUGGGGGCUGCCCCAGAGAAGGCUGUGAAGAAGAAGAAGAAAAAGCCAAAAGGACUAGCCAACAUAUUCAGCAUCUUCACCAAAGGAAGGAAAAAGAAGGGCCGGCCCAGCUCCACGGAGCCCGAGGCAGAGUUGGAGUCUAGUCCGGAGCCCAGUGGGCCGCUGCCCUCAGUGGAGGAGCUCAAGGCGGAGCUGGACCGCGGGCGGCUGGAGGCGGCGCGGCCGCUGCUGGCGCUGGAGCGGGAGCUGCGGGCCGUGGCGGCCGCGGGCGGCCUGAGCGAGGAGGAGCUGGUCCAGCGCCAGAGCAAGGUGGAGGCGCUGUACGUGCUGCUGCGCGCCCAGGUGCUGGCCGUGCUGCGGCGGCCCCUGGAGGCGGCGCCCGAGCGGCUGCGCCAGGCCCUGGCGCUGGUGGCCGAGCAGGAGCGCGAGGACGCGCGGCGGCCGCGGGCCGCGGACCCCGGGGCCCCGGGGCUGGUGCCCACGCGCCCGCGCCGCUGGCUGCAGCUGUGGCGGCACGUGGCGCAGGCGGCCGAGGAGCGCCUGGCGCAGAGGCCCCCCGCCGGCUCCCCCGGCCGCUCGGAGGCCGAGCGCGUCUUCCUGCACCUGGGCCGCACCAUGAGGGAGGACCUGGAGCUGGUGGUGGAGCGCCUCAAGCCUGUGUUCCCCGCCGAGUUCGGCGUCGUGGCGGCCUAUGCCGAGGGCUACCACCAGCACUUCGCGGCCCAGCUGGCCGCCAUGGCGCAGUUCGAGCUGUGCGAGCGCGACACCUACAUGCUGCUCAUCUGGGUGCAGAACUUCUACCCCAAUGACAUCAUCAACAGCCCCAAGUUGGCGGGCGAGCUGCAGGGUGCCCAGCUCGGGAGCCUCCUGCCCCCCAAGCAGAUCCAGCUGCUGGAAACCACAUUCCUGUCCAACGAGGUGGCCAAUGUGAAAGAGCUCAUGGACCGAGCCCUGGGGCUGGAGUCACAGCGCUGGGCCCAGGACGAGGGUCCCCAGAGGCUGGACGGCCACUGUCACAGCGAGCUGGCCAUCGACGUCAUGCAGAUCGUCUCCCAGAGCCAGGCCAAGGCCGAGGAGGUCACCCCCGAGCUGGGCGAGCAGAUGAAGAAGGUGCUGCUGCUGGAGCUGGCCGGGUUCCUGAGAAGCUACCAGCGGGCCUUUGACGAGUUUCUGGAGAAGUGCAAACUGCUGAGGAACUUCAGGGCCAAUGUCAUGGCCAACAUCAACAGCUGCCUGCCCCUCCGGACAUCCAUAGAGCAGAACUGGCAGACUCUGCCGGACACCCCCAGCUUCCUGCUGGGCCCCCUGAAUGAGCUCAAGAGUCAUGGCUUUGACGUCCUGCUGCAGAACCUGUUCAAGAACCUGAAGCCCCUGUUCAAGAGGUUCACGCAGACGCACUGGGCCAGCCCCGUGGAGACCCUGGAGAGCAUCCUCGCCGUCGUGGGCGAGAGGCUGCCCGAGUUCUCGGAGCUGCAGGACUGCUUCCGCCAGGAGCUCACGGAGGCCGUGCACCUGCACCUGGUGAGGGAGUUCCUGGGGCGCCUGUGCAGACGCAGCCUGGUCCUCAGGAAGGCCGAGCAGCAGCAGCAGCUGGCGCGGCACGUCCAGGCCUGCGCCAACCUCAUCCGGCACGUCUGCACGCAGCACGGUUCCCAGGCAGCCUGGCUGGACCCCGCCCUCCCCAUGCUGGCUGAGGUCAUUCACCUGCAAGACCCCAGCGCCAUCAAGAUUGCGGUGGCCACUUAUGCCACCCAGUACCCCGACUUCAGCAAGGAGCACCUGAGCGCCAUCCUAGCCAUCAAGGGGAACCUGUCCAGCAGUGACGCCAAGAGCAUCCGCAGCAUCCUGGACGUGAGCGCCGGGGGGCAUGAGGCCGCCAGGCCCCUGUUUUCGCUCGUGAGGGUUGGCUAGCUCUUCCCGCGGCCGGACCUGCCGUGAGCACCGGGCACCACCCCCGGGGGCAACCUAUCGGAGCAGCGCCGCCGACGGCUCUGCACGGCCUCCCCCUGCCGCUGUGCUUCUGCCCAGCCCGGCCCCAGCGUGCCUGUCCAAGGGGGCAGGCGCUCCCCUGGCAAAGCCUGGGAGACACUCUGGAAGUCAUAGUUUACUAUGUGUGUACGAAAGGAGGGGGAGAGAAAGAAGAAUGGCUCUGGCCACCUCCCGUCCGCAGAGCCCUUUCUUGGUUGCUUCUUGACCGUCCCAUCCUGGGUGGGCUGAUGCACCCAGUAGCUCCCUAGCCUGGGGCCCAGGCUUGUCCCUCCUGUCUUCUCCAGCCCAAGACCGAGGCGAGCCAGGCCCAGCAAGUCUCUGGGAUCGGAGGUGUCAUCCAGAGGGAAAGGUGGAAAAAAUGAGCUUUCUUCUGGGCCUGAAAGGGUCACUGGAAGUCCCAGAUGGAGGCAGGGGAUUGGGGGGGUUGGGGCAGCACGAAAGCCACCUCCAGAUCGCCCCUGACCCGUGCAGGCUGGCCCUGGAGCUCAGGCUCAGCCUCUCCCUGCAACACCCAAGCUGUCCGCCCCAGACGGUCCCAGGAGGCCUCAAUGUCCUCCACAGCCGGGCCAGACCCCCCUGGGCUCUGCCACCAAGUGCACCUCCUCCUGGAAGCCCGGCUGAGGCCUGGGCAGGGGCAGGGCAAGCUCGGCCUCUGACCCCUGGGCUGGGUGUUGGUUUCUUAUCCCCGCUACAACAGAUUCCCACAGCCUUAAGUUCCAAAGCAAGAGCUGAUUAUCUCGGGGCUCUGGAGGCCAGAAUCCUGUGUGGGCAAAAGCAAGGUGUCUUCAGGGCUGGCUGCUUUCUGGGGCCUCUGGGGAGAGCCCUUCCUUGCCUUCUCUAGCUUCUAGAGCCUUCCAUCUUUAAUGUCGGGCCAUCCCCAGCCCCUCUUCCCCCUUGAAGGACCCCUGUGAUCACGCCGGGCCCCUGGACAGCCGGGUGCAGCUCCCUCCCUUAAGGUCCGUUGCUUAGCGACCUGCAGGGCACUGUACCCUCUCGGAUCAUGGGGCCCGGGGUUAGGACGUGGGCGCCUUCGGGGUCGUUGCUCCCCCCAGCACGGCUCCACCCGCCUCCUACCCUGCGGGGGCCCCCUCGGCCUCUGUGCACGCAGAGGCCCGGCUCCUCCCUGGGGCUGCAGCUCCCUCCGCCCGAGGCUGGCAGUCGGGGUUCAGACUCGGGCCUCACUCCAGCCAGGCCUUUGCCUCGGGAGGAGCCGUGAGGGUGACCCCCUUUUCCAGGUACUGCCUUGCAAACCGGGCCAGGAAGUGCCCCGUUUGAAUGGUGCACAGGAGCCUUUCUGCAUUCGUAAGGAGGCCGCGUGCUUGAUGUUAUUACUGAUUAUUAUUAUUUUAUAUAUUGUUGAAAGUACUGCUUUUGUAUGUGUGUACUUGGGAUGGGACCCAAGUUUUUAUAGCUUGAUAUAAAGCUGAUUUCAAAAGUG